AUGUCGACCCCUACGGAAGAGGAGCUGUUCAAGUCAGUUGAGUCAGAGUUGAAAUUUCUUAUGGACGAAGCGAGUGUGUCUCGCGACAUUCAAAAACUGGUCUACAGCAAAGGUUUCACCAGUGUGCGUGUUUUUGCGGGCAUUGAAGAAUCCAAAGGCGAAGUGCGAAAAAUGUUGGCCUCGCUGUUGCCCUUGGACUACGCGGCCAGUGCGGAGAAUUGCAAACACAUGGCCCUCCUGCUGUCCACUUGGGACGCGGCACGCUUGCAGCUUUCCAUCCAUGAGAAAAACAAGGCAGAUUCUAAGUUGGGUGUGCAAGCCCGGCUGGUGCAAUCCACAGAACAGGCAUCCAUGACAGCGGCUGUGGAACCAUGGCAUGGAAGACUGUCCGACAGCGAGCUCCCGAGCAAAUCGCUGCUGGCGGCAAAGCUGGAGCAAGUGGAGGAGAAUGCUCCUUACCCUGAAGAUCUGCGUGAUGUGACCAGUGUGGAGGAUGCAGCCACUGAGGCCUAUGACGCCAUCAUAGACCCAGCAUCGUCAGUUUUGAAGAUCAAGCCUGGUCGCACGAUGACCACGCCCCCAAAAACACCUGAGGAAUUGAGGCGUCGACAUCGGCGGAUUGGCUUGGCCUGGGAGAUGGUCCGCUCCAAGCACAUGAACCGGUCUUGGCUUCCUGAGCGCUGCACAGAUGCGUUCCGCAAGCUGAGUGAUCACGUUCUUGGCCCUCGGGUUGCAGAUUUGCGUUCAGGUGAUGGCAGAGCGCCUGCCUGGAGUUUGGUUUUGCAAUAUGAAGCGGAGCUCCGAAAGCAUGCCUACAAAUUUGUCCGUGAUGCCGAGGCGGCCGAUUUGGCUUCAGCCCUCACCAUGGCUUGCAAAGCCCCGGACAUCAUGAACAAUUUCUUCAUUGUCCCCUUCACUAUGCAGGUUCGCGCACCCGCCUUGGAGGUUGAGAGUGUGGUUGUGAGAGGCCGGCCUGCCCCUAUGCGCACAUUUGCCAGCGUUGCAGCGAACAGCACCCAUAUCACAAGUGUCCCAAAGUGCAGCGUUCAGAUGAAUGACUAUCGGUUGAUGAAGUGCCCUUGUGUGUUGCAGCUCCAAGCAGCGAUGAACCGAGUGUGUGCGCUGGUGGACAGGAUGCUCUGCACGUGCCGGGAGGGUCGGGAUCCUUGGGCAAAGGAGGCCUUGGGAAUCCUCUCCCGAGAGGGUGUGGCCACGUGGGCGGAGGAGGCCCGCAAGUGCCCCCUCUCCGAGGGUGUGGACCCGAUCCCCCUCGUGGCAAAUCGGCAACCGCCCCUGCAUCGCUUGCAGAAGGGGCCAGGGUUUCGUGCAGGGGCGAAGAACAGGAAGCAUCUUCAGAUGAGGAUGAAGAUGGCUUUCAAAAACCGCAGCUGGGCGCAGGCCUGUGGACCCUUGGCUGCCAGAAUGCUUGGCAAGCACAAAAGUUUCACAGACGGGCUGGGCUUGUGCUCGCCGGGUCGUUGGGCGCCUCAGCGGAGGCUGUGUGCAAGAGAGUGCGCAUCUUUAGGUUUUGCUGAGCAACUAGGGAAGGAGUACACGAAGCUAUUGAAUCAGAACCUAGAUGUGCGUCAAGUAGCCUUGCAGCUAGCCCUAGGAAGACUGGAAAAGUCCCCUUUCUGCGAUGAGCUGGUACAGGAAGGCAGGGAACUACUCUUCUGCGCUCUAGAGCAGGAGCAGGCCGGAAGGGCAACCUUUCUUCUUGGCUGCGCUAGAGGAGCUGUUGAGAAUCAGCGGUGGCGAAAAUAUGAGGAGGAAGAGUGUGAUUGGCGAUGCGACCGGGAGAACUAUGUCUCGGCGCGGGAUCACGCCGCCGUGGUGCAACGCCAAUUUGAGGAAGAGGAAAAACUGGGCGCCAUGUUGCAGUUAGACUUUGCAGAAGCUCAAGCUAGGUUUGGCGAGCAGCUAGCUGUUGCAUCGCUCGGUGCAAUAGAAAAGAAGAAUGGUACGUUCCGGGUAGUUCAUGACGGAACACAUGGGGUUGGGAUCAACCCGGGCAUCAAGAUACGCGAUCAACUGAAAUCACCUUGUGCUGGAGACAUCAAAGCAGUGAUGCAAGAACUACCAGGCUGCUAUUUUGGUUUGACUGGAGACGUGGCGCGAGCACAUCGACUGGUGAAGGUGGCGGAAGUAGAUUGGGGGCUCAUGGCCUGCAAAACUGGAACAAGCAGCCGAAUUUGGGUGAACCGGGUCGGAUCCUUUGGGAUCAGUUCGGCUGCCUACCACUGGUCACGGCUAAUGAGUGGUGUAGGGAGAGCGGUGUAUUACGCACUUGGGAAGUCAGAGCUCUUCUUAUUGGUUUAUGUCGAUGACCUCCUGUGGAUGGUUCGUGAGGCAAAGGGUUUGGAACUCAUCGUGAUGUCUAUCUUCUACUUAGAAGUUUUGGGCUUACCUUUUGCGUGGAAGAAGUUCAAGGGUGGCAUAGAUGUGGAGUGGGUCGGCUUCCAAUUGUGCUUGAAAGGCGCGAGGCUGGGCUUAUCAGAGUUGCGCGCUCAAUGGCUCAUCAAUUGGUUAACAGCAACCGCUCAGCGUGGCACAGUGAAGAUUGCUGAUCUUGCUUCUGUUGUUGGGCGCCUGUCCUUUGGUUUAACAGCGCUGGUGCAUUUGAGGCCUUUCUUAGGGCCCAUCUACGCAUGGGUUGCCGCAAUGAACGGCUUUGGAGAGUGUAAGGUCCCAAAGGCAUUGGUCUUAAUCUUCAGGUUCUUGGCGGCGGCGUUGGACGGCUCAGGCCGCUUGGCUAAGGUUGGAAGCAAGCGUGGCCAUGUACGGGAACUUUUCCGUACAGAUGCAAAGGCAGAAGGCAAUCAGAUUUGGCUGGGGGGCUGGGCUCUAGGUCACUCUGACACAAAGCGUUGCCGCUGGUUUUCUGAGCAGUUAGACCAUACCAACGCCCCCUGGUUGUUUGCCGCUGGUGAAUGUUACAGGCAGAUUGCAUCAUUAGAAUUGCUAGCAACAUUAGCAGCCGUGGUGACCUUUGGCAUUCCUGAGUGCAUUCGUGGUAGCGUGAGUUGCUCCGCGGGUACGGAUAACCUUGGGAACACCAUGGUCGUGGCGCGGUUGCUUACGACGAAAUUUCCCUUGGCUUGCUUCUUGAUGGAGUUGGCACUACAGCUGCAGAGGCAGGAGGCAGACCUGGAGUUAUUCUGGCUGCCGCGGCUGCAAAAUGAAGAAGCUGAUGCCUUGACGAACCAAUGUUACAUUGCCUUCGAUCCAGCAAAGCGUUGCAGGUUCGACGUAGCAAAAUUUGAAGGCAUUGUUUUGAAUCAGGUUUUGGCAGCAGGUGGGGACCGUGCAUUGCUGGUGACCAGCUGGUUGCAGAGGUUUGCUGCCGGUAGUUUGGCUAUACGCGGAUCCUGUGUGUACCACAGGUACAAUAUGGCACUGGCAGCCAAAGGGAUGCCCGCCCAGAAGCAAAUUUUGACCAACAUUGUUGCGCAGAUUUGGCAUAUUAGCGAAGGCUCAGAACAACAUUUGUUCUCUGAAUCUGAGCAGGGGCAGCUUCAAGGUAGUCUUGCACAAGCUUUAGACACACUAGGUUUUCCUUGCAGCUGUGAGAUUCCAAUUCACCAACCCUUUUUGCUGGACAUUUGGCGGGCUUUGACACGUGCAACUUUUGACAUGGACAAAGACUUGCCAAAGUUGUUGACAGAGGGCGUUCCCACUGGCAUUCUUUCCAGCAUACCUGCAUCCGGUGUUUGGGAUGCAGUAGAAGAUUGUGAUACUGAGCUCGACAAUGAAUUGUUCGUUCACCUUGUUCCCUGGAGAAGUGCUGCUGACAAUGUUGAGCUCGCGCGUGAAUUGUUCAUGAAAGAUGUUUCUGCUGGUUUUGCUUACAUUCUUCCUGGUGGUGCUGCUGAAGCAGUGCAGAAGUGGGGUUCGAAUGUUGCUGCCGGUCGCCUUGGCGUUGUACAAGCUCCGGGCCGUAAACCUCGGCUGAUUGGAGAUGGAGGUAUCAGCGGAGCAAAUCGAGCUUGCAUUAUUCCUGAGAAAGCGCGUCUUCCUGGCUUGAGCAGCGUGCAAAGAUUUUUGUCAGAGUCCGGGAGUGGUUCGGCCUGGGUUGCUCUGAGCUUUGAUGUUGCUUCGGCCCACAAGCUGAUUCGUGUCAAGCCUGAAGAACAGGGGCUCGGUUGUUUCGCGCUGGGUAACGAUUUUUUCGUUUACCGUUCGUGCUAUUUCGGUGCAAAGUAUUCGGCAUACUGGUGGUCUCGCGUGGGGGCCUGGCUAGUGAGGAUGUUGCACAGAUUUCUCUGGAUUUCUCACGCCUGCUUCCUUUACGUGGAUGACGGCCUGGUGUUGGUUCCUAAGGAUGUUGCUCCACUUCUUGCUCCGGCCUGCUUGGCCUUUCUGACUGCUUUGGGUGUCCCUUUGAGCUGGAAGAAGGUUAAAUUGGGGGACGAGCUAGUUUGGAUCGGAUGGCGUUUUUGCUUUUCAUCUGGUUACAUACAGUUAACGGAUGACAAGUCGCAGAAAAUUCUGGAAGCGUUGAGCCCUUUUUGCACCAUUGGACAGAAGGUGGACCGCAAAGCUGUUGAACGUCUUAUUGGUCUUUUGCUAUGGUACUCGGGUGGUGCUGUGCAGUUGUGCGACAAUGCUGCCGUGGCCGCAUCGACGCAGAAGAUGCUAUCAUUGAAGGCACCUCUUGCUUUUGUGUUACAGGCCAUCAGUUAUCAUGCAGUGGCACACGGUGUGCAGCUCACCUCUGCACAUUGCGCGGGAGAGCGCAAUGGCUGGGCGGAUGACCUCAGCCGUGGAAAGGUGAGGCAGGUACGCCGGGCGCCCUAUUUGCCCGUGGGUACGGGCUUGCCGCGGCCCCCUGCUAGAUUGUGCUUGCCCAGCGUUCGUAAAUCGGCUGUAGUUGGCACUACUGAUUCUAAGGAUGAUCCAAUUGAGGCUCGUGCGCGUGCUGACACACUGCCGGUGAGGCUGGCGUCUGGCAAGCUUGGGGAGGAUCAGGAGCGUGCGCGCCUGGCAGGCAUCUGGGCAGAUUUUGCGAGGACAUUGGCGUCUUCGAGCGCUUCUGCUUGUGAUUUUUCAUCGACAUCUGCAAUGAGCUUGCGGCAAUUGUUUCUGGAUCGUGCACCUUCCACUCUACGCCGCCAUCUGAGUGGAUGGCGCUUGUGGGUAGCAUUUUGUUCUAUACAUGAUUUGCAGCCUGGUGCUCCGCCAAUAUCAGCUUUGCUUGAUUUUUUGGAAAGUUUAAGUGUUGGCGCGCUUGAAGACCGCGGUAAUGCUCGACAGCGCAAUGCUCUGGGGGUUUUGAGCGCCAUGACUUUUGCCGCUGCAAAGUUAAGUUUGGAAAGUUUGCAGACAUUGCUACGUGAGCCCAUGAUUCAGAGCUGGAAAAAAGGUGACAAGUGGAAGCACAGCAGAGUGAAGGAAGCGGAGUUGUGGUUGCGCUUGCCACAAUCUCUGAGGUGCAGCCUUGGGCCAGCAGGUUCCUUUCCGGAUUGCGAAGUGCUGGAUGCCAUAUGCUUGGACGAUGCCGAUCGGCGCCAGUUCCUGGCUGAUUUCGCAGCAGACGCAGGGGAGCUAUCUUUACUUGUGUCGGUGUUGAAGGCUUUGCAGGACAAAGUACAACUACUGGCAGAGCAGAAGCGCAAACGCCGGGCAAAUUUGCACCCAUCGCUUCAAUAUUUGUCUUUGUUGAAGAGGCCACGCGCUGAACUGGUUGCGCCGGUUGAGUCUUUGCAAUGGCUCUUGCGCCAUUCUGGAGCGCAGCGCACUGUUCGGGCGAUCGGGCGCCCAAGGCUACGUGGUGCCAUAGAAGGGCGCUCAAGGGCAGACUUGGAAGACAGCCAAUUGGCUCGUUGGCGUGGCAAAGUUGCAUCGAUUUUGCUUGAGGCAUCUGUUCCUGCUUUGCUUGCAGUUGAUGCAGCUGAUGCAGGCAAGCUGGCCGUUAGAUUGUGUGGCACUGCCAGAGCAAGCACUUUGAAGAAGCAUGUGCAAAUGUGGUUUCGCUACACAAAAUGGUUAGCUGCUGCGUACAAUGUGAUUUGGCCUUCGCAAGUUGCCAUGGUGCUAGAUUUUCUAGAAGAACUAGCCGCGCAGCCCUGUGGUGCUACGGUGCCCGAUGCUUUCCUCUGUACUUUGAGCUUCAUGGAACGGCUUGGUGGGUAUGGCUCUGAAGAAAAAUUGGCAACCAAUACAGCAGUUCAAGCUUGCGCCAACCAAUUGCAGAUGCAGCUUGAGAUGGGCGCUGCCCCUCCGAAAAAAGCGCGGCCCCAACCCUUGUUGCUGCUGAUUGCUUUGGAGCUUUUUGUGGUGUUCAGUAAUGCCCCUCGCUAUUGGCGUGCUUUUGCUUGGGUCAAGCUCUUGAAGUUUUGGACUUCAUCCAGGACGGAUGAUUUGGCUGGGCUGCUCCCUGCUAGCUUGACUUUAGACACUUGGGGACUCUCCGGCACAUUGCAGCGCACAAAGACUUCUGGCCCUGGCAAGAAAGUGAAAUGGCUCCCAAUCUUCGUUGAUGCCGCAGCUUCUUUCUCGGGCGUUGACUGGCUCACCACAGGCUUUAGGAUUUGGAAGUCUGCGGAUAUGGAUUUCCCCCGGGAUUAUUUUCUUCCCUUGCCAUCUGCAGAUUGGGAAUGUUGUCGUGCGUGCAUAGCUGAUUACACUGCUUUUUGCACCCUUUCCAAAGGCUUGUAUCAACAGUUGAUGCUGCCCGCGUGGCGGCACAGCGCGUGGCAUCUAACAGAAGGCCACCUCUUGAUCAGCCACAGCGCGGGGCGCGCCUGGUCUGAGCAUAGUGAGAGAUGUUGGAUGGCCACUGUUGCAGCUUUGCUCAACAUCCCCAGGGAAAAGAGAGAGUUCCUUGGCCGUUGGCGGGUGGCAUGCUGCAGUGAUGAAUAUCUGCGUAGCGCUCGCAGUAUUGUGCGACAACUACAGCGUGAUAUAGUUGCGGGUGUCCUUGGCGACCUGUCUGGCGAAGUCAAGAGUAUUGGUCUUAGUGACUUGGAGCUUCACCUCCGCCAAGCCGGAGAGCCUGAAUCUGUUGUCAAGGACCAGCUCAGCCUACUGGAUGUUGGGCGCUGGUCCGCUCCUCCUCCUGUGGAAAGUUUCGAAGCGCCAGGCGGCGCAGCACUACCAGCAAAAGAAAGUGACAAUGAGUCUGCAGCAAGUUUGUCCUCGGAGGAAGAGUACAAGUAUUUUGUGUGUAUCACAAAAAACCGGCGCUACCGCCGCCUGCAUCGAUGGAAUGGCUGCGGCUCGAAGCCAGGGCGCAACAUCGCCACCUUCGAAGGUUUCAGCGAUUUGAAAGGUGUGCAAUACGAUGCUGCCUGCAGGCAUUGCUGGAAAGAUGGGAGAGCAGAGGACGCAGACAACGUUGUAAGUUCCAGCUCUUCAGGUAGCACGGAUGACAGCCUAGCCUGA